AUGCGACAAUUACGGAUGCGGAGACCAACACAGUCACGACGACUGUCCUCUACCGAUGAGAUGUCGCGGCUGUCGUUCAAAAAGGCACUUCACGUCCGCCUGCAUUCAAAUUCAAGGGACCAUGCCAGAGAGCGUCAGCAAGGAUUGUACAGGGCACGAAAAGAUUGGGACAGGCCACAAAGUCGACCAAACCUCCGCUUUGACUCUCUUCAGCGCCACAGCACCCAGUCCUCGAACCCUACCCGCUUAUCAUCACUCGAACUCACAGACACUUCCCCAAAAUUACCGCAACGUCUCGCAUUCGAAGAAGAAGAAUCCAUCAAGCAAGCCCGCCACGAAGCCGAUAUGGCGCGCAAAGCUGCAGCGCAGAAACUAGAAAUCGAGCACGAAGUCCGCUUACUGGAGAUCCGUCGGCAGUAUGCUGUGGGUUUGCCAUCAUCGAAUGCUCUGCCUUCGUCUGUGCUGUACCCGCCUUUUGAUCCGAAUGGGCCUUUGGAUAUACCAGACACGGUAUUCAGGCCAGACACGGUAUUCGGAGGUGAACUAUUGCCAGUGCAUGCUGCAGCUACUGUAAGUAAGCAGCGAAGAGGAGAUGGGAAUGGAGGGAUUAAGAUGGAGAAGGGAAUCAAGUAUGCAGGCAGGGCGCUUCGGGGGAGAGGAACCGUUGCGGGUGGGAGAAUCUGUGGAUGA